AUGGUCCGUACUAAGAGUCGUGCUUUCUCUAGUGAGGAGGAAGCAGAGCUAGAACGCAGCAAUAAAAAAGUAAAAGAUGUACGUCACGCUGGCUUCUCGGUCAGUCAUGAUAGUAGCUUUCAGUCACAGGGUCGUCUUAAUAGCCCUAGCCACGGUGAGAAAUCGUCUUUCAAAGACAAGCUCUUGGGGGAAAUACCAGGGGCAUAUAACCAAGCUUUUGCUUUUGAGGAACAUAUGGAAGCAGAUAUAGAGUCAGAUGAGGAGUUGGAAGAGCUAAGGGAAGGGUUUGCAGCUGUCAAGCUCUCCAAGGGUGUGAAGCAUCGCAUCAGAGCGGUCUGGGCUAGCUCACUCAUCGUCAAAGUUUAUGGGAGGUCCGUAGGUUUCAGUUAUAUUCAAACCAGGCUUAAUGCUCUUUGGAAGCCCAAUGGUAGAUUGGAUGUUAUCGAUUUAGGAAAGGAUUUCUUCUUAACACGGUUCAGCUGCAAGGAAGAUCAUGAUAAGGUCCUCAGGAAUGGCCUGUGGUUCAUAGGGGAGCAUUUCCUCUCGAUUCGUCCUUGGGAACCAAAUUUUAAACCUUCCACUACGAAUGUGUCAUCCAUCGCAAUAUGGAUUAGACUAAAUGAACUACCCAUUGAGUAUUAUGAAGUGGAGGUUUUAAAGCAGAUUGGGAACUCGGUAGGCAAGGUUCUUCGGAUUGACACUCACACAGCUGCUGAGGCAAGAGGUCGCUUUGCCAAGUUAUGCAUUCAGGUGGACUUAGACAAGCCAUUGGUGACGAACAUCCUUAUCGGAGGCAUCCAUCAACCGGUUAACUAUGAAGGGAUUCAUAGGUUUUGUUUUUCAUGUGGCCGGAUUGGUCACCGGAAGGAGGCUUGUCCUUACACGAUCCGGAGCAUGCCCAUGACAGAUAUCGUUAAUGGUGACAGUGUGGAUGGCCAGGUCAACAGUUCACACGUUGGGUGUGAUUUGGGGGACCCCACUCUAGGCGAGGCCCCUAGGUCUCCUGAGCAAGAGGACACUUAUGGUCCGUGGGUAGUGGUCACCAAAAAACGACGAGGAAACAGAGGUGUAAGGAACACGCUAGAGAGUAGUGGAAUUGUUUACCUCAGAGUGAGUGGAGGGACAGCUUAUUUGAGGGUAGGGUCCAAGAUCAAUAAUAUGGAGUUAAAUAAAAGGAAGGCUGAUGAGGCUCUUCCAGAAAGCCGGGUUCAAGAGCCUAAGGCCACGGUGUCUAAGGGGAAUGAAGGGAAGGAUAUGGGCCACUCUAAGGGAAUUACUGGGCUUAUGGAUGCAGGUCAUACGGGCCAUUUUAAUAAUGGAUUAGCUACUACACAGGCCCAGCGUGUUUCAGUAAAAGGGAAAAAAGACUUUGCCCAUAGUAGGGCACAUAUACAUCCAGUGAGAGUAGCACGAACAUUCUAG